AAUGAAGUGACACGAAUAAUGUGCUUGUACCCGGGAUACUCCGCUGGCUCAAAAUUGGACCUGGAGUGCUGGUACAUAUAAGACUAGUCGGUGGAUACAUUCAAGUUUUAUUGUGCUUGUCGCGUUGAGAGCCCCUUCACGCCAGACAACCUGCAGGCUAUCUAUCCCUUCGUUUCCGCAUCAUAGCCAAAAUGCGUCUGGCUGCUACGGUUGUCGUGCUCGGCGCCUGUGCCAUCACCAGAGCCCAACUGUCCAAUAUCCCACAAUGCUCGCUUAAAUGUCUCACUUCGGCCCUUGGUGCGGAUGGCUGCUCUGAGCUGACGGACUUCGCAUGCCAUUGCCAAAAGACGGGCCUUGUGGAACAGGUUGUGCCUUGCGUCAAGCAAGAUUGUGAUGUCACGGACCAGCAAGCCGUUUCCAAAGUCGUCGUGUCUUUGUGCUCUGGUGCUGGCCAGCCGAUCUCUAUCCCGCCGGUGGACUCAGCUCCCGCAUCGACUGCUGCUCCGACCACAUCAAGCAGCUUUAAUUCUACCACGGCCAGUGGAAUAGAGAGAGGCCCUCAGACUCGGCUCGCGGCCUCCAUGACUUCGACUACGGGUUCCACGGCUUCAUCCACGGUUAACACUGCCUCGCCUUCGAGCAUCCCCUUGUCCAACCGAUCCUCUGGUAUUCAAUCCGGAGCUGCUCGGGUGGCCGGUGUUUCCAUCCUGCUUGCUAGCAUGAUGUUCCUGGUCUAGAGAAUGGCGUGGAUAAAUCGUCAGAGGUUCUUUCCACUCCACCGUUGUCUGAUAUAGUUAAUACGACGCUGGUAGCGUCUUGCUACCAAGCUAUCUCAAUCUACAAUAAUUUAUACUGUGACCUAUCUUAGAAUACAUUAUACAAUCGCAACGCCGUGGAAAACCUG